UAUAGCAGUCCCAGCGCAUAUCCAUGAUUAUAUAUCUCCGGUAUCAGACACCGAAAAUCACCCACCCUCGGGGUUUGAACGGCCUUCGCAGUGACGGAGUUCGGUCAUUGAUGUGCUCGGCGCACCUUAUAAAUAUUUCGAAAUUGCCAGAUGAAAAUCAUCAAACAACUUGGAUUGUUCUAUCUCAAAUAUCAAAAUGGCUCUGAAUGGAAGUUGCAUGUGCGGCGCUAUUGCGUACGCUGCUGAAUCUGAACCUCUUGUGACGGCACUUUGCCACUGCGUCGACUGUCAAAAGUGGACCGGUGGCGCAUAUACCUCUAAUGCGGUCAUCCCCCGAGACACCUUCAAUGUAACCAAAGGACAGCCCUCAUUCUACGACCUGACUGGCGGAUCCGGCAGGAUCAACCGACACUUCUUCUGCGGUACUUGCGGAUCGAGUCUGUAUACUGAGUUGGAGGUGAUGGCCGACAAGACCAUCAUCAAGGCUGGGACGUUGGAUGGGGGAGAGACCAACUUGCGGCAUAAGGUGGAUGUGGAGUUUUAUACGCGUGAUCGGGUGUCUUAUCUUGGGAGUAUUGAGGGUGCUAAGCAGGAGGUUCUUAUGUGAUGGAUAUGUUUACAUGGGGAAUUGGUGUAUAUAUUUGAGUUAUUGAAUCGAGGCAGUGAUGAUGAUGUGAU